AUGGCCCCAAUCGACGUUGAAAAGACUAUUGAAGAGCUGACGCUCGGCGAGAAGGUCGCUCUCACAGCUGGACGUGAUUUCUGGCACACGACACCCAUUCCACGUCUGAACAUCCCUUCAUUGCGCAUGUCCGAUGGCCCCAAUGGUGUCCGUGGCACUCGCUUCUUCAACGGUAUUCCGGCUGCCUGUUUCCCAUGCGCGACCGCCCUGGGUGCUACCUGGGACACCGAAUUGCUUGCCGAAGUCGGCUCAUUGAUGGGUGAGGAGGCGAUCGCAAAGGGUACUCACAUUAUCUUGGGCCCUACCAUUAAUAUCCAGCGUUCUCCUCUUGGAGGACGUGGCUUCGAGUCCUUCUCCGAGGAUGGCGUGCUCUCCGGUACCCUGGCGGGUCAUAUGUGCAAGGGUAUGCAAGAGAAGGGCGUUGCCGCAACGCUGAAGCACUUUGUUUGCAACGACCAGGAGCAUGAGCGUAUGGCUGUCAACAGUAUUGUCACGGAGCGUGCGCUGCGUGAGAUUUAUCUGCUUCCGUUCCAGUUGGCUAUGCGCAUUUGCCGGUCGGCUUGUAUUAUGACUGCUUAUAAUAAGGUCAACGGUACUCACGUUAGUGAGAACAAGGCUAUUAUUGACGAUAUUCUCCGCAAGGAGUGGGGAUGGGAGGGCCUGAUUAUGAGUGACUGGUUCGGUACUUACACCACAUCCGAUUCAAUCAACGCCGGCCUUGAUAUUGAGAUGCCCGGAAAGACCCGCUGGCGAGGCGAGGCCCUUGCUCACGCCGUUUCCUCAAACAAGGUUCCCCAGUUCAAGCUGGACGAGCGUGUGCGCAAUAUUCUCAACUUGAUUAACCGGGUCGACGCCGUUGGUAUCCCCGAAGGAGCCGAGGAGAAGGCCCUCAACCGCCCCGAAGAUCAAGCCUUGAUGCGCCGAGCAGCCGCUGAAUCCGUCGUUCUCCUGAAGAAUGAGGGCGGUGCUCUCCCUCUGAAGAAGGACGGCUCUGUGCUCGUCAUUGGCCCCAACGCUAAGACUGCCUCAUACUGCGGUGGUGGCUCUGCCUCGCUGGCUCCCUACUACACCGUGAGCCCAUUCGACGGAGUCGCCGCGAAGAGCCAGGGUGAGGUUAAGUAUGUGCAGGGUGUCUACUCCCACAAGGAGCUGCCUCUUCUGGGUCCUCUCCUGAAGACUGAAGAUGGAAAGACUGGCUUCACCUUCAAGGUGUACAAUGAGCCGCAUGGUGCCGAGGAACGCACUCUCGUCGAUGAGCUUCACCUUGUCAGCUCCAUGGGAUUCCUGAUGGACUAUAUCAACCCCAAGAUCAAGUCUAUGACCUUCUACGUCGACAUGGAAGGCUACUUCACCCCCGAGGAGGAUGGCCUGUACGACUUUGGCGUGACGGUUGUCGGCACUGGCCGUCUGCUCGUGGAUGGCGAGGUGGUUGUCGACAACACCAAGAACCAGAAGCAGGGCUCUGCCUUCUUCGGUACUGCCACCAUCGAAGAGCUCGGCGUCAAGGAACUUAAGGCUGGCCAGACAUACAAGGUUGUCUUCGAGUUCGGUAGCGCUCCCACCUCCGACCUGGACACUCGCGGCAUAGUCGUCUUCGGACCGGGUGGUUUCCGAUUCGGCGCGACCCGCCGUGUCAGCCAGGACGAGCUCAUCUCCAAGGCCGUCGAGCAAGCCAAGGAGGCCGAGCAGGUCAUCAUCUUCGCCGGUCUGACCAGCGAGUGGGAGACCGAGGGCUACGACCGUGACCACAUGGAUCUGCCCCCCGGCAGCGACGACCUGAUCAGCCGCGUGCUCGCCGUUAACCCCAACGCCGUCGUCGUGAUCCAAUCCGGCACACCCGUCACCAUGCCCUGGGCUAACGAAGCUCGUGCCCUCGUCCAGGCCUGGUUCGGCGGUAACGAGUGCGGAAACGGUAUCGCAGAUGUCCUUUACGGAGACGUCAACCCAUCCGCCAAGCUCCCCAUCACAUUCCCCCGUCGUCUGCAAGACAACCCCUCCUACGUCAACUUCCGCUCCGAGCGCGGCCGCGUCCUCUACGGCGAGGACAUCUACGUUGGCUACCGCUUCUUCGAGAAGAGCGAUGUUACACCCGAAUUCCCCUUCGGCCACGGUCUCUCCUACACCACCUUCACCCGCUCAGAUCUGCAAAUCAGCACCGUUCCCGAGGAAGCCAAGUACACCGAGUCCGGCGAACCUAUCACCGCCACCGCCACCGUCACCAACACCGGCUCUAUUGCCGGUGCCGAGAUCGUGCAGCUUUGGAUCGUCCCUCCCAAGACGGAUGUCAACCGUCCUCUGCGCGAGCUGAAGGCUUUCAAGAAGGUCUUCCUGCAGCCCGGCGAGUCUAAGACUGUCGAGCUCAGCGUGGAGAAGAAGAUUGCUACCAGCUGGUGGGAUGAGCAGCGGGAGCAGUGGAUUUCGGAGAAGGGUCGUUACCAGGUUUCUGUGACUGGUACUGGCGCGGAGGAGUUGCAGGGUGAGUUUGAGGUUGGCAAGACCAGAUUCUGGCUGGGGUUGUAA